AUGCCCCACUUUACGACGGAGCAGAUCCGCGAAUGCAUGGAUCACCAGGACCGCAUCCGCAACAUGUCGGUCAUUGCUCAUGUCGAUCACGGAAAGUCGACACUGACAGACUCUCUCAUCGCACACGCCGGAAUCAUCUCCAUGGGCUCAGCAGGGAACACGCGUUUCACAGAUACACGCCAGGAUGAGAAGGACCGCUGCAUCACAAUCAAGUCUACAGGCGUCUCCCUCUACUAUGAGUGGACGGAUGAGAACAAGGUUGUGAUGGAGGAAGCCGCGAAGAAGGCCGCAGAGAAGGUGGCCAAGGCGGGAGAGAAUGUCGAGGAUGUCAAGGCAGACAAGAAGGAUAAGAAGAAGGAUGAGGAAGACGCGAUUGCCACCGCAGAAUCCGGCGGUUAUCUGAUCAACCUCAUCGACUCUCCGGGGCAUGUAGACUUCUCGUCUGAGGUCACGGCCGCCCUCCGUGUCACGGACGGCGCGCUGGUCGUUGUAGACUGUGCCGAGGGUGUUUGCGUCCAGACGGAAACUGUUCUGAGACAGGCCUUGUCCGAGCGUGUCAUCCCGUGCCUCAUGCUCAACAAAGUCGACCGUGUCAUCAUGGAGCUCAAGCUUUCCGGCGAGGAUGCCUUCCUCAUGUUCGAGAAGACCAUCGGCGAGGUCAAUCAGCUCAUAGCUACAUAUCAGGACAAGACCCUCUUCAAUGAGAAGAAGUACAAGAAGAUCUUCGGCAACCGUACAGAUCUGUGUGUUGAUCCGUCGCGCGGAAACGUCGCCUUCGGGUCCGGGCUUCACGGUUGGGGCUUCACAGUCACACACUUUGCGCGAAUCUACACGAAGAAGUUCGGUGGCGAGCUCUCGACAUGGAUGAAGAAUCUCUGGGGAAAUCGCUUCCUCAACGAGAAGACGGGCAAGUGGACCGGCAAGAGCCAGGGCGACAAUGGUGAGAAGAACCAGCGAGGCUUCGCCAUUUAUGUCAUGGACCCAAUCCUCCAGCUAUUCGAUGCCGUCAUGACUGAGCAGAAGAAGAAGUAUACUAAGAUGCUCAAGCAGCUCAACGUCACGCUCACACCCGAUGAGGAGGACAUGACUGGCAAGCGCCUCCUCAAGGCCGUCAUGCAGAAGUUCCUCCCUGCUGCGGACGCGCUCCUUGAGAUGAUCAUCGUUCACCUUCCAUCUCCGAAGAAGGCUCAGCAGUACCGUGUUGACACGCUCUACACCGGCCCUCUGGACGACCCUGCUGCUGAAGCCAUCAGGAACUGUGAUCCUAACGGCCCGCUCAUGCUUUACGUAUCGAAGAUGGUUCCAACCGUGGACAAGUCCCGUUUCUUCGCUUUCGGUCGUGUCUUCUCGGGUGUGGUCCAGACAGGCCAGAAGGUCCACAUCAUGGGGCCAGAGUACCACCCUGGUACGAGUAAGAAGGAUGAGCUUUUCAUCAAGAACAUCCAGAGGACCAUCCUUAUGAUGGGCUCCAGGAUUGAGCAGAUUGACGACGUUCCUUGCGGCAACACGGUUGGGCUGGUCGGCAUAGAUCAGUAUCUCGUCAAGUCCGGAACCAUCUCCACCUAUGAGCAAGCCCACUCGAUCAAGCCGAUGAAGUUCUCUGUUUCCCCCGUCGUCCGCGUGGCUGUUGAACCCGCAAACCCGAAGGAUCUCCCUAAGCUUCUCGAAGGCAUGAAGCGUCUCGACAAGUCCGACCCGUGCGUCAUGUGCAUCUGUGACAAGGAUGAGAACCAGAACAUCAUCGCGGGUGCAGGUGAGCUGCAUCUUGAGAUCUGCCUCAAGGACCUCAGGGAGGACUUCUGCGGCGGGAUGGACAUCCGCGUCUCGGAUCCAGUUGUCUCGUAUCGCGAGACUGUCACGGAGAAGUCGACGAAAGUCGUCAUGGCAAAGAGUGCGAACAAGCACAACAGGCUCUACUUUGAGGCCGAGCCCAUCUCCGAAGAGGUCAUUGAGGCCAUCAAGGACGGCGAGAUUACGAGCGAGCAGGAUUCGAAGGUGCGUGCGCGUAUUCUGACGGACAAGUACGGCUGGGAUUCCGACGAGGCGAAGCAGAUCUGGUCCUUUGGCCCCGUGGGCGCCAGCUCCGGCCACAUGACCAACCUCAUCCUCGAAGCCACAAAGGGUGUCCAGUACGUCAAGGAGUCCAAGGAGCACAUCGUCUCUGGGUUCCAGAUCGUCUGCAGGAACGGCGUUCUCGCCGGCGAGGAGCUUGUCGGAACCUGCUUCAAGCUCCGUGACGCCACGUUCCACGCGGACGCCAUCCAUCGUGGCGCGGGCCAGCUCACACCAGCGACGCGCAGAGGUCUCUAUGCUGCCUGCCUCUACGCCAGCCCGAUGCUCAUGGAGCCGUUCUACCUUGUUGACAUCCUCGCUCCUGAGGGCUGCAUGGGCGGCAUCUACUCCACGAUGAGCAAGCGCCGUGGGGUGGUCAUCUCUGAAGAGCCUCGUGAGGGCCAGCCGCUUACAGAGGUCAAGGCGCACCUACCUGUCGCAGAGUCCUUUGGCUUCGACGCAGACCUUCGUGCUGCGACGUCCGGCCAGGCGUUCCCUCAGUGUGUCUUCUCGCACUACGCCCUCAUCCCGUCGUCUCCCCUGCAGACGGGCAGCCAGGCGCAAGGCAUCAUGCUCUCCAUCCGUAAGCGCAAGGGCAUGAAGGAGGUUGUUCCAGACGUUUCCGAGUAUGAGGACAAGCUUUGA